GAUCUGUCUCAAAAACAAACACGUUUUUCUAUUAAACCGUGUAUUGUUCGCUUAUUGCUUACACAAUUCCUGCCAAUAGUGACUCUAAAAGUCAUGUUGGCAGUGUUAUUAUCUGAAAAUAUUGCGAGUGCUUGAAAAUAACGUUAUUGUCGGUCUUUGAGGAAAGUGGCCGAGGCACACGUUCAGUAAAAAUUGACUUCCUGUAACGGAACUGGAAGAUAUCGAUAUUUUUUUUUUGAUUUAAUGUUAGGCUUUUUACAUGCAUGUUUCUUAAUUUAACUGCUACAUAAAGCACCCGUGCUCUCCGUUUUGCACAAAACAGCCUUUUGAAUAAUUCUGCGCGUGGCCUUUUAUCUUUUAAGCUGCAUCUGUUCGUGCACCAGCAAGUAGGCUAGCUACCGUGGCUAACUCUGUCAGCCUCCAUAGAUUUCUUUAGCAAAGAGAGCGGUGGGGGCUGUUAGCUAAUUGGCUUGCGUUCUGUUGUCAAAACACCGACAAAAGGCUACGUGACCGCUUUCUAAAGACGGGUGAAGCCAAGAAUAUGAGCGCAGAAGCCUCGAACCCUGCCGCCACACCCACUCCCUGUGAAGACGCUCAGGGAGAUGGACGGUGGAUGUCUCAGCACGUCCGCUUUGUUUCCGAGUGCAAAGAGAGAGAACCUGAUGUGGUGUUUGUGGGAGACUCCCUUGUUCAGCUCAUGCAUCAGUUUGGGAUAUGGCGCCAGUUGUUCUCCCCUCUCCAUUGCCUUAACUUCGGAAUCGGUGGAGAUGCAACGCAGCACGUGCUGUGGAGACUGAGCAAUGGUGAACUGGAUAACAUCAGCCCAAAGGUCGUAGUGCUGUGGGUUGGCACGAACAAUCACGGUCACACAGCUGAACAGAUUGCCGGUGGUAUCAUGGCAAUUGUCCAACUCAUCCACAACAAGCUCCCCCAUGCCCACACACUUGUGCUUGGUGUACUGCCCAGAGGUAGAAUGCCAAACCCUCUACGAGAGCGAAACGCCCAGGUGAACAAGCUGGUGCAGGAUGCCUUAUCGUCUCUCUCCCACGCCUCCUUCUUUAACGUGGAUCCAGGUUUUGUCCUCUCGGAUGGGAGCAUCUCCCAUCAGGAUAUGUACGACUACCUUCACCUGACCGCUCACGGAUAUCAGGCUGUGUGUGAACCCCUGCAUGCUCAAAUCAAGUCCCUGUUAGAAAAACCAGCCGAGAACUGAGUAUCCAGCUUAGAAACGUACACUACCACAGUGGUCUUCGUCCCUGUUUCCAGAGAGUGUUGCCCUCAGCUGUGUAAGGCUUUGGAUGUUGGAUAGAAUCAGCUAAUAAAAGGGCUAAGAGCAGCAUUUAAUCUGCAUAAGCCUUCUCUAUAACCAGGGUUGGUGACCACUGUCAUUGAUAAGCGGACCAUAAGGUUUUUUUUGUGUUUACGAUGCAAAGAUGAGACGUGUUGUGCUAUAGAGAGACUGUGUCUUUCUUGAACCCCUUUAGAUACAUAUUCCAUCAUUCUUAGGUUUUUGGCAUGAAAUUUAUGAUUUUCACCGUUGCAAGACACAUGGACGAACACGAUGAUGGCAUCUCCAGGGUUCAGAUGACACCACGCGUAAAAUAGAUCAACUCACAUCCUCAGUUACUCUAAUAAAAGAUUUUAGAAGUACGCGUCAACUUUCCAGGUUAAUGAACUUAUUCUCCAGGUCAAAACUAUGAUGUAAUUGGAAAAGAUACUUUGUCUACAACUAAGUGUUGCACAUCUCAUCCCUUUUGCUCCUUGAACCAUUGAAGAAUAAUGUAAUUUUCUGACAGACUUAUGAAAUCAAUAUUUCACUACUACACUGCCUUUCUGACAGAACUGGAGUAUUAUCCGGUUUGAAAUCCAACCGAUUUUUUGCCAGAAUUUGCAUGCAUGCUAGAAACAACUACCCUUCUCAUUCGACCUAUUGUUUCUUUGUAUCAUUCAUUUUUAUUGGUUGCUUUUAUUUUUCUUGGAUUUUGUUUUGGCUCUUCAUGUUAGGAAAAGCUGAGGUGGUAUCAGACGCAUUAAAGAUGACUUUGCUUCAUGAUAAACUGGGAAUCUUUCAAUGAAAUGUUCACAGAAAGAAACUGGAAAACGACCAUCAUUCAUGACGCUAAUUCAAGAUAAUGCGUCUCCUGAUUUAAAGGCGCCUAUCUUUGCUGUGAUUUUCUUUUGUAUAUGUUAAGUCCAAUGAACAAAAAGUUGUCUUUUGUCUUCGUGGCAAAUAGUUUACUGGUCAGUUUAUUUUGCAUCAUGCCAUGUUACCUCUUUGCCUUUAUACCUUUAUCCUCCUCACCUAUUGUAAUGGCAGUAGAGCUCCAUGUUAGUGGCUGUGUUUUUCUUGUGAUCAUAAAUGUAUUAGAUUCCUCUAGUUGCUUGUGCUUCAGAUUUGAACUUUUCUGCGACAUAAUGGCUCACGCGCCCAUUUAAAAUGCUUUACCUCACACUAUGAUGCUUGGGAGCUGCUUGGACGAAGAAGGUGCCAUGGAAACCUGCAAUGGUCCAGAAUGAGUAAUUGUGCAAGUGGUGAAAGAAAUGCAUUAAAUGUCAUAACAAAACGG